AAUAUUUAUGGAAUUAAAUCAUGAACUUUUAACUAUGUUUUUCCAAUUCAAUUGCCCAGUUUGUUUUAUUGUUAUAAGACUAAUCCCAUGGAAGAUAGAGACUGCAGAAAUCAAACAGCUGUCAUGGAAUUUAUCCUCCUAGGAUUCAGGGAUCUCUCUGAACUGAAAAUUCUUCUCUUCCUGAUGUUCCCAGUGAUCUACAUCGCAACUGUGGCUGGGAACAUUCUCAUCACUGCAUUAGUUGUGGCUGAUCAGCAUCUUCACACCCCUAUGUACUUCUUCCUGGGGAACUUGUCCUGCUUGGAGACCUGCUACACCUCAACCAACCUGCAGAUGCUGGCCAAUCUCCUGACUGGGGACAAAACCAUCUCAUUCAAUGGCUGCUUCACACAACUGUAUUUCCUUUGUGCUCUGGUGGCUACAGAAUGCUAUCUCCUAGCAGCGAUGUCUUAUGAUCGGUAUUUAGUGAUAUAUAAACCCCUGCACUAUUCAGCUCUUAUGAAUAACAGGUUUUGCCUCCAGUUGGCUGCUGGGUCAUGGUUAAAUGGUUGUUUGGCUAGUACCAUCUUUGUCUUAUUCCUAUCACAGUUAACAUUCUGUGGCCCGAAUGAAAUUGACCAUUUCUAUUGUGAUGUCAUUCCAUUCAUGGAACUCUCCUGCAGUGACACACACUGUUUAGUAUUGUUCCAUUUCACACUAUCCUGUGUAUUCACCCUGCCUCCAUUCCUACUAACCCUGACAUCCUAUGUGUGUAUCAUUGCCAGCAUCCUGAGUAUCCCUUCCACCUCUGGGAGACAAAAGGCCUUUUCCACCUGCUCCUCCCAUCUCGUCGUGGUGAUAAUUUACUAUGGAACCUUAAUGAUUGUCUAUGCGCUUCCGAAACACAAUACAUUAAACCUCCUGAACAAAGUGCUCUCUCUUUCCUACACAGUCAUGACUACCCUGGUAAAUCCCCUCAUCUACAGCCUGAGAAACAGAGAGGUCAAAGAAGUCUUGAGAAAAGCAGUCAGUAAAUAUGUGGCUUUCACAAAAACAGGCUGAGACUUAGCCUGAAGUUUUCAAGCUGCCUGGGUGAU